AUGUCCGAGCUGCGUUGGACGAGCUCGCUUCAGUUAGCCCGGGAAGCCGGUGCCACUGCAAAUUCCCCGACCGACACCGGCACCUCUCUCGCCGAUUCUAAGCCACCACGCCAUACCCAGCAUCUUCUUUACAGCGAAAAGCAUGGCUCGGGCUCUGGUCUGAAGGAAACACAGCCGCGCGACUCACUCGCGGACGCGCGCUCUGUCAUUCGCAAGAAUUCGUCGGCAACUCCAGUCCGCCGGAGAAUUAGCCGGGCCUGCGACCAGUGCAAUCAAUUGCGCACCAAAUGCGAUGGGCAGAACCCUUGCGCACAUUGUCUCGAAUUCGGUCUCACUUGCGAAUACGCCCGCGAGCGCAAGAAGCGCGGCAAGGCGUCGAAAAAGGAUAUAGCCGCAGCGGGUAAUAAUGAAGGCGACGUUGGCUCGAACGACGAUUUACCUCGCGCAAUGGGUUCUUCUUCGAAUGGACAGGCCUUGCAUGAACCGAAUGAACAUUACGAUCCUGCCUUUGACGCUGCGCGCACUUUGGCGGAGGGCGCACAAGCCCGGUCGCAUGAGGUAGAGGGACUGUCUGCCAUGCGAUCGAAUCAGGCAUCCGUGCAAGCGCCCUCGCAGCAGCAGAUGGGUGCUACUAGCAUGGUAGGCUUGCCAUUUAACAAUUACGCAUCCGUUCAAGAACCGCAUCGACCUCCUAUGUCGGUACCCGACAUACGCUCUAUGCAAAUGAUGCAAAACUCAAAUGGGAAUCCUAGAUCACCAGGCUCGAUGCUUCAGUCUCAGGGCUUUGCUUCGGGACAACCCAUCAGCUUCAUUCAUGGGCUUCUCCCCCAAGCCCAGUCGCCAAGCUGGCUGCCAUUACCGUCGCCCUCUCCCGCCAAUUUCCCCCCUUACAGCAUGCCCCCCUUCUCCACUUCAUUGAGAUACCCUGUUUUGCAACCUGUUCUUCCACAUAUCGUCUCUAUAAUCCCCCAGUCUCUCGCUUGUGAUCUCCUUGACAUCUAUUUCACCAGCUCAUCUUCCUCACGCCUUUCACCAUCGUCGCCCUACGUGGUUGGAUAUGUCUUCCGCAAGCAAUCUUUCCUCCACCCCACCAAACCGCGCUCAUGUAGCCCGGGGCUUCUCGCCAGUAUGUUGUGGGUGGCAGCUCAGACAAGUGAAGCCGCCUUCCUGACAUCGCCUCCCUCGGCUCGUGGCCGGGUGUGCCAAAAGCUGCUGGAGUUGACGAUUGGCUUACUCCGGCCACUGAUCCAUGGCCCGGCUACUGGCGAAGCGUCUCCAAACUAUCCGGCCAACAUGGUAAUUAAUGGCGUCGCUCUCGGUGGCUUCGGUGUUUCCAUGGACCAACUGGGUGCACAGAGCAGUGCCACAGGCGCGGUGGAUGACGUCGCCACAUACGUGCAUUUGGCGACCGUUGUCUCCGCCAGUGAAUACAAGGCUGCCAGUAUGCGCUGGUGGACCGCAGCGUGGUCACUUGCUAGAGAGCUCAAGUUGGGACGUGAAUUGCCGCCCAAUGCAACUACUCGUCAAGACGGCGAAAUGGAUGGCGAGGGAGAUAUUGACGUCAACGGGAAUAAGAGACCACCGCCAUCACUGAUGGGUCAUGGCCCAGGCAAUUCUGCGGUGAAUUUGACUGAAGAAGAGCGCGAGGAGCGGCGUCGAAUCUGGUGGCUACUAUAUGCAACAGACCGCCAUCUGGCACUCUGCUACAAUCGCCCACUGACUCUCUUAGACAAAGAGUGCGAGGGCUUGUUACAACCGAUGAAUGAUGAUAUAUGGCAGGCCGGUGAUCUUUCAUCUAUGGGAUACCGCCGCGCCGGCCCGUCAUUCGAGUGCACAGGACACAGUAUGUUCGGCUACUUCCUACCGCUCAUGUCUAUCCUCGGUGAAAUUGUGGAUCUCCAGCAUGCUCGUAAUCACCCACGCUUUGGCCUCCAUUUCCGCAAUAGCGGCGAGUGGGAGAGCCAGGCAAUGGAGAUUAGUCGACAGCUGGAUGUCUACGCACAAAGCUUGAAAGAGUUCGAGGCUAGAUAUACUAGCUCAUUGGCCCUUGGAACUGCCGAACCGGACCCGGGGAUGGAAGGUUCGAAUAUCAACCACAUGAGUCCAUCCGGUCGCUCAAGUAGCACCGUCGGAUCCCAUGUCAGCGAGUCUAUCGUUCACACAAAAAUGGUCGUUGCGUACGGUACACAUAUCAUGCAUGUUCUUCACAUUCUGCUUGCUGGCAAGUGGGAUCCGAUCAACUUACUCGAUGACAACGACCUUUGGAUCUCGUCCGAGUCUUUCAUCUCCGCUAUGGGCCAUGCUGUCAGUGCCGCGGAGGCAUCCUCGGACAUCUUGGAAUACGACCCUGAUUUGAGCUUCAUGCCAUUCUUCUUCGGCAUAUAUCUUCUCCAGGGUAGUUUCUUGCUUCUUCUGACGGCUGACAAACUGCAAGGGGAUGCGAGCCCCAGUGUUGUUAGGGCCUGUGAAACAAUAGUCCGAGCGCAUGAGGCUUGUGUCGUGACUUUGAACACCGAAUACCAGCGAACUUUCCGCAAAGUGAUGCGCUCGGCUCUGGCUCAGGUCCGUGGCCGCGUUCCAGAAGACUUCGGUGAGCAGCAGCAACGUAGACGCGAGGUGCUGGCUCUUUACCGGUGGAGUGGUGAUGGCAGCGGCCUUGCACUUUAG